AUGUGCCACCUCGUGGGCGGCGUGGCGGGCGGGCGGCUGUCUCUGCCGCCGCCUCGAGUGAGCCUCGUCUCGCUCUUCGUCUACUCGAGCCUCGUCUCCCUCGUCUCGCUCUUCGUCUACUCGAGCCACGCCUCGUGUGCCGCCUCGUGGGCGGCGUGGCGUGGCCGGCGGCUGCCUCUGCCGCCGCCUCGAGUGAGCCUCGUUUCGCUCUUUGUCUACUCGAGCCUCGUCUCGUGUGCCGCCUCGUGGGCGGCGUAG